UGCAACGUGGUCAUUCAUUCAUUUUCAACUCGAAGUCACAAAUGCAAAUUUGUCAAUAUGUUGAAACUAACAUUAAUGCUGUGUUUAGUAUUCGUCGUCACGAAAGGAAUCAUUGCACAUGAUACCUGCUCUGUAAAUUAUGACGAGACGACGUCAAAAAUGCAUUUUGAAUUGGACUGGGUUCCAAACACACAGGGAAUGCCAGGGAGGCCUGGAAAGCGAGGGGUGCAAGGACAGAAGGGUGAGCGUGGAUUCCAGGGUGUGGCUGGUGUAAGAGGAGAAAAGGGAGAGAGAGGACUCAAUGGAGAAAAGGGAUCAAAGGGAAACAAUGGACAUCCAGGUCCUAAAGGUGAAGUCUCGCAAGAAUAUUUGGCAAAUUUAGAAGCCAAAAUGCUGAAGUUUGUGACUCUCCCUUGGGUAGAAGUAAAUGAAAGAUUCUCAUAUUUUUCAAGCUCUUUCUCAAUGACUUGGGAGAAAGGGAAAACAUAUUGUGAAGAAAGGAAUGCUCAUCUGGCAUACAUGGGACCAAGAGACUCAGGCAUUUUAAAUUCUAUAGAGGGAAAUUUGAAGUUGAUCGCCCGUCAUAAUUUCUAUUGGAUCGGGCUAAAACGACAAGCAAAUGGGAACUACCAAUGGACUGAUGGUGUUGUGGCUGAGAGAAAUCCAUGGACUACCACAGUAGGGUGCCCUGGUUCUGGUGACUGUGUUGGGAUACAUGCGGGAUGUGAUAAGCUUUCAAGGGCAAGUUGCAGCUGGACUAUGAAAGUCCUGUGUGAAAUUGACUUUGGACAACAAUAACUUACUUUGGAACUUGAGAUUUGAGUUGCAAAAUCUCACAUCAUAAACUAAUGAAACUUAUGUGAUUAUUACAAUAUCCCUCUCUCUCUGUAUAUUUAUAUAUAUAGAUAUGACUGUUUAACUAUAAUAUGGCUUAGCAGUUCAGAUGGCACAUCUUGCUAAAUGUUUACAUCUCACUUCUGACGGCCUGCGUGGGUUCGCAGAUUCAAAUUUUGUACGGAUAAUUAUAUAAGGCAUAGAAAGUGUUAGAUUGUGAUGGCAUUGCAGGUCAAAACCCCUGGUUUCAUUUCCCCACCUAACUCAGGGUGUAAAAAAUUGGGUAACCAUUCCAAACAGAGAAAAUUCUGGACCUUCCAAAAAUAAUAGGGCAUGGUCUUGUUUGGAGCAAAAGGUGUAUGAAUCCAGACCUGGGAAGUCACACCAGAAAUUUUAUUAUCACAAACAAUUUCAACACUAUGAUACAUUUGGAGCAACAGUGAAAAAAAUAAUUCAAAAAUUAUUGGUUGGUCAGUAUUUGUGAUGGUCACUAUGCAAGACCGGAUAGGUCACGGAGCGGGAGCCCAUGCUGUAUAUAAGAUAUCAUUCAUGAAGCUAGCAUAUUUACACAAUGUGGCAACUGCAAGGCCAAUAUUUUUGUUUGGCCAACAUUUUAAGCUUGAUUGCAGGUUUUGUUUGCUGUUCUGACAUAUUUAUUCAUGUUUUUAUCAUCCAUGCAUUUGAGGUUUUAAAACGAAUAGGGAAACGUGAAAAUUUCAAAAAUGUUUUAUUCGAAAAUGCUACAAAGAAAUAAGUAAUCUUUAAGCUGGUAUCUAAUCACAGUUAAAAGCAAAAGUCUAUAAAACUUGGUAUUCCCUAGUCUAUAAAACUUGGUAUUCCCUAAUCAAUAAAAAAUUAAAGAAUGAAAAUGCAAAAAUACAUGUUUUUCUCAAUUUCGAAAACGAAGUUUUCAAGUUUCCCAAUUUUAGGUUAAAGUGCUUAGAUUGCCUUUAAAUGUUUAUUGUCUGUUACAAAGUCAAAAUAAACUCACUUAUUAGCGAUUAUUUGUACAAAGUAAUAAAAU